AUGGAAUCCGUAAAAUCCACACUCGCAAGCGUGCAGAACGCCAUCAGCGGUAACAAGGAACACGACCCGCACUCCUCCACCAUCGGGCCCCAGCACGAGUACAGCGGCCAACAACAAGUCGGCGGCAGCGGCCCCACCAGCUACAGCGACAACUCCAGCGGUGCCCACGGCGUUACCCCUAGCACCGCCCACAGCGACAUCUCUAGCAGUGGCCAGGGCGUCCACGACUCUGUCACCACUGGCACGACCGGUCAGACAACAUCCGACUAUCAAUCCGGCACCACCGGCACAACCGGUACCACAACCUCCGAGCAACACACCGGCACCACCGGCGCCCCCAACCCCAAUACCAACACCACCGCCUCCGACCACCGCCACGGCGCCGGCGCUAGCGACAUCGGUGGCGCCACCGAUGGCAUCGACCGCAGCGGCGGCGGCAUCGACCUCUCCCACGCUUCCGACCAGUCCUCCCGCACCGUCGCCGGCGGCGCCCACGACGCGGCCAGCAAGGUUUCAGAUGACCACAGCAGCGGCAGCAGCGGCAGCCACAGUAACCUGCCCAACGAGCUGGAGAAGACGCUGAGUGGGCCCAGGGACCCGGCGGUGCAGGGGGAGGGACAUCCGAAGAUGACGGGCGAGGGUCAGCCGGGGAGUCAUAGUGCGUUGUUUGGGUUGACGCCUGAUGGGAAGAAGCGAUGA